UUGAGAGAAAGCAUAGCAGUGAAUAAGAAUACGUAGUAAUUUACUAAUUUGUAAUUUCUAUUCACUCCUCUCUCCAAUUCGGCAUGGCCAUGGCGGUCCCAUCAUCAUCGGAAUCGCUUGUGUUUACCGUGCGGAGGGGUAAGGAGGAGCUUGUAGCUCCGGCGAAACCAACGCCUCGCGAAGUGAAACUACUCUCAGACAUAGACGACCAAGAAGGGCUGCGUUUUCAAAUUCCAGUGAUACAAUUUUAUCGCAGUGAUCCAUCGAUGGAAGGGAAAGACCCUGCCCUCAUCAUUAGAAAGGCUGUGGCCGAAGCACUUGUGUUUUAUUACCCUUUUGCUGGUAGGCUUAGGGAAGGGCCUGCUCGGAAACUAAUGGUGGACUGCACCGGCGAGGGUGUUCUCUUUGUUGAGGCCGACGCUGACGUCACGCUUGCCCAAUUCGGGGAUGCUCUUCAGCCUCCAUUUCCAUGUUGGGAGGAGCUCCUUUAUGAUGUUCCGGGCUCUGCACAAGUUCUCAACACUCCCUUGAUCCUUAUUCAGGUAACACGGCUGAAGUGUGGUGGAUUCAUUUUUGCAUUGAGGCUAAACCACACGAUGAGUGAUGCAGCGGGACUAGUCCAGUUCAUGAAUGCAGUGGCCGAAAUUGCACGUGGGGCACGUGAGCCUUCGGUGCAACCUGUGUGGCGGAGAGACCUCUUGAACGCAAGAGUACCGCCAAGAAUUACAUGCAACCAUCGAGAGUAUGAGCAAGUCCCCGACACCAAGGGAACCAUAAUCCCGUUGGACGACAUGGCCCACCGUUCCUUCUUCUUCGGUCCCAGCGAGUUCUCCGCCAUCCGCCGCCUCCUCCCUCCCUAUCAACAGCGCUGCUCCGACUUUGAGAUACUUACAGCUUGCUUAUGGCGGUGGCGCACGAUCGCCCUACAGCCGGACAACGAAGAAGAGGUUCGCAUAAUCUGUAUCGUGAAUGCACGCGCCAAGUUCAACCCUUCGUUACCUACUGGUUACUACGGUAACGCCUUUGCAUUCCCUGUGGCUGUGACGAGUGCGGGCAAGUUGCGAGAGAACCCGCUGGGAUAUGCCGUUGAGCUGGUGAGGAAGGCGAAGGCGGAUGUGACGGAGGAGUACAUGCACUCAAUAGCGGAUUUGAUGGUGUUGAAGGGGCGGCCACAUUUUACUGUGGUGAGGUCGUACUUGGUGUCGGAUGUCACCCGAGCUGGGUUCGGAGAGGUGGACUUUGGGUGGGGGAAGGCUGCUUAUGGUGGGCCCGCCAAAGGGGGUGUUGGAGCCAUUCCUGGUGUGGCCAGCUUUUACAUUCCCUUUACCAAUGCCAAGGGAGAGCGAGGUUUGGUCAUACCUAUCUGUUUACCAUCGGAAGCCAUGGAUCGAUUUGUUCAAGAGUUGGAAAGCAUCCUUAACAACUCUCACCGUGUUACUGUAACCUCUGCCUCUCGUUUUAUCUCUUCUUCCUUAUAGGCAUAUAUACACAACGAACUUUGUUAAAUUCAUAAAUGAAGUCUUCUUACUCGCCUAGUUUAAGAUUCAUGUUUGGGUAAUGGAUGCUUGUAAGAUAAUAUAGUUGUACCCCAAGACAAUAUUUGCUAGUGGCUGAAUAACGAUUAAGCAUGUGCUAUACAUACAGACACUUGUAAGCUAGUUUGUGUUCGAAUAAAUCAACAUAUGUGGUUUUCCCAUUUUUGUA